AUGACGGCCAACGGCCGAGCGGACUUCCGGCGACCCGUUUUUGCACACCUUGACAGCUUGCACUGCUCCCGACGCUGCCUAGCCGUGAUCGUCUUUGCCUGCAUCGCCUUUCGACGUUCGACACCUUGCCACGAAGAGGCCAUCUACAGUCGCUGCAACUCUCGCUGUGAACAAGAGCGUGACAUCUCAACAUUCAUGCGAAAUCUGCGCGUUCCUCGAUCUGACACCGGUGGCUGCUUGUUGAUGUCUUUGGUCAGCUGCACCGAUCCAACGGGCGACUCCGAGCAGACGGUACACCCCCCGCUACGUUUGACACAGCGCUUCGGUACGUGA